AAGAAAAGCAUGUCCUGUCACCCUGUCCUCAUCCCAGUGUGUCUGUUUCAGAUGGAGUUCCUUUCAUUGAGCAGCACAGUGGAGGUUCUUCUACUCUUCCUGGUUCAGACAGUGCAGUUUCCUCCAUCUCCAGUCCUACCACUGAUAGUGGCUUAGACACCGGCUCUAAAACCACAUCAAAGGAAGAUCUCACAGACCUGGAGCAGAGCAGCUCAACGGCCACCACUCCCGUGACACCCUCCGCAGAGCCAGGCAGACUGGAAUCACAGUCUGAGGGUAGGGAAGUGGAGCGUGCCCAGUCAGCCUCAGUGGAGUCCAUUCCUGAAGUCCUGGAAGACCGAGACUUGCUGGCUGAUCAGUCGGAUUCAGACUACGUGAACCCCAGGGGAGUGCGCUUUACGCAGUCCACCCAGAAAGAGGGUGCUGCUCUAAUCCCAUACAGUCUCCCAUGCCUGAGAGAGCUCUUCCGGUUCCUCAUCUCUCUCACCAACCCACAUGACCGCCAUAACUCAGAUGUGAUGAUGCACAUGGGCCUCCAGCUGUUGAACGUGGCCCUAGAAGCUGCACACAUCGCCCCCUAUCAGUCAUUGCUCUGUCUUGUCAAAGAUGAGCUCUGUAGGCACCUCACACAGUUGUUAGGUGUGGACCGAAUGAAUCUGUAUGCCGCCUCCAUACGUGUGUGCUUUCUUCUCUUUGAAGGCAUGCGAGAACAUCUCAAGUUUCAGCUUGAGAUGUACCUGAAGAAGCUAAUGGACAUAAUUACCUCAGAGAACCCUAAAAUGCCCUAUGAGAUGAAGGAGAUGGCCCUGGAGGCUGUCGUACAGCUCUGGAGAAUCCCCAGCUUUGUCACAGAGCUCUACAUAAAUUAUGACUGUGACUUUUACUGCUCCAACCUGUUUGAGGACCUCACCAAACUGCUCUCUAAG